AUGCCGAAAAAAAAGACGGGACAAAGAAAAAAAGCCGAAAAACAAAAAUUACGGCAAAAAGGAAUUAGAACAGCUAAAGAUCAAUUGGAUAUCGCAAAAUUUCCUUGCAAUGCGGUCAUGGAAUGCGAUAAAUGUAACAAAAAGCAAAAAAAUCGAGCAUUUUGUUACUUUUGUUCUAGUGUACAGAGGUUACCAAUGUGCGCUCAUUGUGGAAAGAUAAAAUGUAUGUUAAAAACUGGAGACUGUAUUGUUAAACAUCCUGGAAUAUUUAUCACAGGUUUAGGGAUGGUGGGAGCGAUUUGUGAUUUUUGUGAAGCUUGGGUAUGCCAUGGUAGAAAAUGUCUAACAAGUCAUUCUUGUACUUGUCCCCUGAUGGACGCAGUUUGUCAGGAAUGCGAAAGAGGCGUUUGGGAUCACGGUGGAAGAAUAUUUAAAUGUUCAUUUUGUGAUUGUUUUCUAUGUGAAGACGAUCAAUUUGAACAUCAAGCUUCAUGCCAAGUUCUUGAAGCUGAAAGUUAUAAGUGCCAAUCUUGUAAUAAAUUAGGCCAAUAUUCAUGUUUAAGAUGUAAAACAUGCUACUGUGAGGAUCAUGUCCGUAGAAAAGGUUUUAAAUAUGAAAAGAAUAAAGCGAUUCCGUGUCCAAAAUGUAAUUUUGAAACAUCACAAACUAAAGAUCUUAGCAUGUCUACUCGGAGUCAUAAAUUUGGAAGACAAAAUCAAGCUAGCAAUUAUGAUUCUGAUGACGAAGGUGGUAGUUAUGGUGCUUAUGGAACUUAUGGAAAUUAUGGUGCAACGGCAGAUGAUGAUGAAGAUGACGAUGAUGAUGAUGAGGAUUAUGAUGAUGAUGAUGAUGAUGAUGAUGAUGAUGAGGAAGAUGAAGAUGAAUCAUCCACUGGUUCUGAUGACGAUGAAGAUAAAAAAUCACAUGAAAAAAAAUCAACUGCUUAAAUUUUUUUUUUUUAUGGAAUAU